CCAAGUAAAAGGAGAAGAAAGUUUGCCCAUUUUACAAUCCGUUUCAUGCCCUCUCUAUCUCUCUGGUAUUUCUCGAUCUAGCUUUCAUCUUCUUCGAUUUCAGUACAAGAAUCUUCGAACUUUGUUAUUCUCCCAUCGCAGAGCACCAACAAUGGCGACUGCUUCAGUGGCAUUCAAGUCUAGAGAAGACCAUAGAAAACAAAUUGAAUUGGAAGAAGCGCGUAAAGCCGGGCUUGCUCCUGCUGAGGUUGAUGAGGAUGGGAAAGAGAUUAAUCCUCACAUUCCCCAGUAUAUGUCCUCUGCACCUUGGUAUCUCAACUCGGAGAGACCCAGUUUAAAACAUCAAAGGAAGUGGAAAUCAGAUCCAAAUUACACCAAAUCAUGGUAUGACAGAGGUGCGAAAAUUUUCCAAGCCGAUAAAUACAGGAAAGGCGCCUGUGAAAACUGUGGAGCCAUGACACACAAUGCAAAGGCAUGCAUGGAAAGACCCCGCAAAGUGGGAGCUAAGUGGACAAAUAAACAUAUUGCCCCUGAUGAAAAAGUAGAGACCUUUGAGCUUGACUAUGAUGGCAAACGUGACCGGUGGAAUGGAUAUGAUGCGUCAACCUACGCCCUUGUUAUUGAGAGAUAUGAAGCAAGGGAUGAAGCUCGAAGGAAAUAUUUGAAGGAGCAACAGCUUAAGAAACUAGAGGAAAAAAAUAAUAACCAAAAUGGUGAGGGAGGGGAUAGUGAGGAAGAAGAAGAAGAAGAAGAAGAAGAAGAAGAUGAUGAUGAUGAUUUGAGGGUGGAUGAAGCCAAAGUUGAUGAGAGCAAACAAAUGGACUUUGCAAAGGUUGAGAAGCGAGUGCGUACAACAGGUGGUGGGAGCACAGGAACUGUUAGGAAUUUGCGUAUUCGUGAAGACACUGCAAAAUAUCUUCUGAAUCUCGAUGUCAACUCUGCACAUUAUGAUCCUAAAACUCGAUCCAUGCGUGAGGACCCUCUUCCAGAUGCAGAUCCAAAUGAAAAGUUCUAUGGAGGUGAUAACCAAUAUAGAAACAGUGGCCAAGCUUUGGAGUUCAAGCAGCUGAACAUACAUUCUUGGGAAGCAUUUGACAAGGGACAGGAUAUUCACAUGCAAGCAGCUCCAUCCCAAGCUGAGUUGCUUUACAAGAACUACAAAGUGAUUAAGGAGAAAUUGAAGUCACAGACAAAGGAUACGAUCUUGGAGAAAUAUGGCAACGCUGCUACUGAGGAAGAAAUUCCUAGGGAACUUUUACUAGGACAAACUGAAAAAGAAGUUGAAUAUGAUCGGGCUGGUAGGAUCAUCAAGGGGCAGGAGAUGGCACUUCCUAGAAGCAAGUAUGAAGAGGAUGUUUUUAUCAACAACCACACCAGUGUCUGGGGUUCAUACUGGAAAGAUCAUCAGUGGGGUUACAAGUGCUGCAAACAGGUAAUUCGAAACAGCUAUUGUACAGGCGCUGCUGGAAUUGAAGCGGCUGAGGCUGCAUCAGAUCUUAUGAAGGCUAACAUUGCUCGCAAAGAGGCCAUCGAUGAAACUUCUGCUCCAGUUGAGGAGAAAAGGCUUGCUACUUGGGGAACUGAUAUCCCUGAUGAUUUAGUCUUGGAUGAAAAAUUACUUGCCAAAGCUCUUAAGAAGGAGGAUGAAAGGAAGAGAGAAGAGAGAGAUGAAAGAAAGCGCAAGUACAAUGUGAAAUGGAAUGACGAGGUUACUGCUGAGGACAUGGAAGCAUAUAGGAUGAAGAAAAUCCAUCAUGAUGAUCCAAUGAAGGAUUUUCUCCACUGAGUUCGGAGGCCCUAUCUGCCCUUAUGACGGGGCAUAUUAACCUUAGCAAGCCUUAUUAUGUAAAUAUAUUUUGAAUGCCUAGAUGAUCUCCUAAGGUUUAUCAAGAUUCGCAGUGUAUCGUGUUUUUUUUUCUUUAAUCCUUAAAUGGAUAUAACACUUAAUUUGCAUGUCUUAUUUUCGAAUAUUGAAGCCAAUAGAUUCGAAA